GAUGGGAAUUUCGCGGGAGGACUAGACAUGCUUGAGCGAGCAUCUAGCCGGUGGGGUAUCGACCCCGACGCCUACACCUUCAACCUUUUCUUCAGCGCAGCUGCAAAGAAAAGGUCUUCUGCGAGCCGUGUUGCCGCAAAGAAAGCAGAGAACCUCAUGUCUCGUCUUGGAGUGGCGCCUGAUAGAAUCACGAUAAACGCACGGAUCGAUCACGCCAUCAAACAAGGGAAGCUGGACGAAGCAAUCGAGACUUUCGAACAAGCUCUGGAUGGGGAUUUCCCCGGGGUAGUGCCGGAUGUGAUCACUUUCAACGUUGGCAUUGCUGCCUACAUGGCGCGCAAUCUGGACGACAGGGCCUUCAAGCUGCUUGAAGAAAUGAACAGGCGCGAAAUUCGUCCAAGGGCGGAUACGUUCAACUCAAUUCUCACUGGACUAACCAAGGGGGGAGACACAUUGCGUGUCAUCGAGGUGUUCAACAAGUAUUUGCGGCAGGAUGACAGUGGGCACGGGAGCAGCGUGGCGCCUACGCUCGUCUCGUACAACCUGGUCCUUCAAGCGCUGUGCCUCGAGAACGACAAGCGGCAGGCUCGUUUGGUGGAUGCUGAAAUGCGACGAAGGGGUAUCAAACCGGACAACAUCACCUUGGCAGCUCUGGUCCGACUGCAGUUCAGCCGAGAGGAUGUGUACAACGUUAUGGAGACUGCGAGGAAGCUGCGCAUUGAUCCGUCGUUGACAUUCCUCAACAGCUGCAUCAGAGCGCUCGGAGAUCAUAGCGACGUGUACGGAGCCUUGCAAGUGAUGGAACGCAUCAAGGCCCUGGAGGGCAUGGAACCUGACGUGUUUUCUUACAACUCGCUCAUAUAUGCCCUUGUGCAAGAUCCAUGGGUGUUUGAGGAAAUUGAAGAUGUCGGCAGCGUGGAGGAUAUUCCGGAGGUGACUGCCGUGACGACAUCUUCUCGGCCGGCUGGCUCAAAACAAGCGCCGUUCGCCUCUGUCGUUGAUGGGCCAUCGUCUCACGGGUCAAGCAGUGCUGGCUUAGACAGAGUCAUUGGAGCAGAGGCAGCCCUGCUGUUGCUGGAAGAGAUGAAGACGUUGCCGGAUGCCUGUGGAGUUUCUCCUGAUAUUUUCACGUACACCACCGUAAUAUCGGGGGUGACCCGGGCCGAGGACGCGCGGAGAGCUGGGCGCCACGUGAAGCAAUGGUGGCGGACGCCGAGAAGUGGGCCUGGGUAUCAAGGGAUACGCGCUGCGGAUGGCGGCGCAGAGCAAGUCUCAUCGACAGAGCUGUGCACGCAGCUGUAUAUGGAGGCCACGGAGAGAGAUAUUCACUUAAAUGGCAAAAUCUGCAACGCGGUCUUGGUUGGCUUCGGGGCUGAUCUCACGGGCGCCAUCUCGUUCUGGCGACGGUGUGUGCGACCCGCUUUGGUGCAAGACUCCGACGAACGAGAUGCUGUCAAUGGCAUUUCCGCCCAGCAAACCCGCCGGCCGCAGGAGAACCUCAAGAAAGACCUUUUCUCCGCGUACUGUGGGCUACUAUACGUGUGUGGUCGGGCGCAACGUCCGGAUGCCGCUCUGAAGGUUGUGUUUGCGCUGAAGAAGGACGGCAUAAGACCAUCAUCUGCCCUUUCGAACACGUACUUCAAGGCGAGAAAGGACAGUAGGGAGUCGGAAGACGAUCCGCAAGCUGGGCCCGCGCGAUUCCGUGUGAUGCGACUGCUGGAUCGCCAACUCGAGAAUACAUUGGAAGUGGAGUGUGGUGUCUCCAAGCAUGCGGAUCAAAUGGACCUUCCGAUAGAACGCAUCCGAAUCCGGUUUUGAUUACCAUGCGUGGUUUGGCUCUGUCAGAAUGACUGAAAUGUGAAAUGUGAAAUGUGUUUACGACGGGUGUUACGGGAGGCCAAGAGUAUCCACGAGAAACCAACCAUCAACCUCUUGGUUGAAAUGUUGAAAUGUACCACCGGUUACUAGGCUAGUUCAAUUGAUGUACAUAUUAUUCUUCGCGCAAGUGUCGGAUGCAGCCGGGCACUUGUUUCGGUAGCGGAACAAGUUCUUUGGGCGUGUAGGCUUUGGUCCGUAGGAAGCCUCGUCGCAGAUAUGAAGUGCCGUGUUAAAGAGGGUGGUGGGUGGAACGUGUUGAUGAGAGAGGGCUGGCACUCCAUGGCUUGAAUGAAACCUUGGUUUUUCCUGUUCGUCGGUACUGUAGGAAUACCCUUUUCUGGGCAAUCCCAAACCGAGGCACCUUGUUGAUUGUGACAGAGG